AUGUUGUACCGUGAAUUACUUGAAAAUCACAACUUUUCGAACAAUGAUUUGUCCUUGACAUGGAAUACUGAUGGGAUUCCAGUUUUUGAAUCGUCAUCAUACUCCAUUUGGCCAAUUCAAAGCUCCAUAAAUGAAUUACCUCCACAUUUGCGAGGAAAGCACAUUUUAUUGAAUGGCCUUUGGUUUGGUAAUAAAAAGCCUGCUAUGAACACAUUUCUAAAGCUAUUUAUUGAUGAGUGCAAACAUCUUGAAGACCAUGGAUUUACCAUUCAGCAUGACCUCCAACCCAAGAAAGUUUUUGCAAUGGUUCUAUCUGCUAAUUCACCAGCAAGAGCCAUUGUAAGGAACUGUAAACAGUUCAAUGGUCAGCACGGUUGUGAUUGGUGUGAGUUCGCGGGUGAAACAAUGAACAAUCAUGGUGGUCCUCCAACACGGUAUUACCCAUAUAGAGGCCCCCCUACGUUGCGAACUGCUACAAAACAAGUGAAGUAUGCAAUCGAAUCGAUCGACAAGAAUGAAGUAAUUAAAGGGGUUAAAGGCCCUUCAGUAAUUAGUAUCCUUCCCGCCUUUGAUCCAGUGAGGGGAAUUGCUGUCGACUUCAUGCACUGCGUAUGCCUUGGUGUCCUGCGACAAUUUGUUCAUCUAUGGAUGGACACUAAACAACACGAGAAGCCGUAUUACAUUGGCAGAAGGGAGUCAGAAAUUGAUGAAAGAUUGAAAGCUAUCAACAUCCCUAGCGAAAUUAGUCGUGCACCUCGGUCUUUCUCUGAAAGGAGUUACUGGAAGGCAUCUGAGUGGAGGGCUUUCAUAUUGUACUGCCUGGUUGUUUUACAUGGUAUCCUACCACCAGUAUACCUUAAACAUUUCUUCCUGUUUGUUUUUGGUGUUUACAGCCUGCUUGGUGAUUCAAUUGAUGAGUGCACCAUAAGUUCUGCUGAUGCUUGUUUGACAAAAUUUGUCAUUCAAGUGGAGGAAUUAUAUGGCUUGCAAUGUUGUUCAUUCAAUGUGCAUCAGCUGGUCCAUCUAGCACAGUCUGUGAGAAAUUGUGGUCCUCUUUGGUCCAAUUCAGCCUUCAUUUUCGAAUCCAACAACCAUGUUUUGCAUAAAAUGUUUCAUGGAACACAGUAUGUCCCAAAGCAAAUAGUGGAAUCAUUUGUUCGGAAACGGAAGAUCGCUUUAUUGGCUAAGAAGUGCAUCAACGAUGAAACAUGUCCCUUGGUUACAAAUUUGUUUCGAAAGCUAACUGAAAGUAAUGUUCCUCGAAGUUGUGAAAUAACACUAUCUGACGGUGUUCGUGGAAUUGGCCAAGCAACCCCUGUGCAACUUACUGCCUCUCAGGUACUAGCUGUUCAGCAGUUAUUGGGACUAACAUUAAAGAAACAGUCUGGAUUUAUCUAUUUGAGAUUUGUAGCAAAUCACCAGUUGUAUACAGGUAAAGGUUAUGUUAGGUCCAAAAAGCAUGUCAACUACAAUGUAUCUUUUGAGCAUUACCGAUUUAUGUAUGGUGUAGUUAUUGGACUUUUGUCCAUUAAGCCAGAGUGUUUGUGCAAUGUAGUAGAGUUACAGUAUUGUAAUUGUAGGUUGUACAAUGUUGUUUUAAUUCAGCCCAUGGUUGUGUGUGAAAGGCCAUUAUUGAGAGAUGCUGAUUUCAACGCAAAGAGCUAUUUCUUGGCAGAGGUAGAUGAGGCUGGAUUGCAAAUUGCAAUUCACCCCGAAGAGAUAAGAAGAAAGUGCAUUUCUUUGACACUUGAAAAUAAGAAGUACUUUUGCCCGCUUCCUUACCGUAUCAAUGACAACUAG